AAGGAAGCUACUGCAGAUCCUUUCGCCAUGGGAAUGACAAUGCUACCGCACAUUCCUGUGCAUAACAGGAAUACGGAGUUCCUAUCGUAGUCACAUGGUCGACGGACGAGAGGAUGGUUUAUCUACAGGGUCCGUCGGAGCAAGCGGCAAUCGUUUGGGAUCCUUCCCUGAUCCACCAACGUUCCGAGACCGCUGUAUACUGGGAUGAUGACAUGCUUCAACCCUGGGUAAAGCGCCACGCAUCCCAGCCGUCACUGAAAUUUCUGUCGUAUCAUGCCUGUCAGGAAAUCCAUUGUUGUAUAGUGAACAUUGUUCGUCGGACGCUUGAGGAUUUACUACAGAAAGUAGGAGACGAUUGUGCUAUGGAAAGAAGCCAAAGCGAAAUACAUCCAUUGUCGGUUCCGGUCGCCGUAGCGAUUCCGGAAGGGAUUCUACUGCCAAUAGCGAUCGAAGCCGUCUGCUGCUUGAACGAGCCUUUUUUUAUUGGAAACCGUUCGUGCUCUGUCGUUUUGGUUCCUUUGGAACCAACCGAAGGCCGCGAGCGACUCCGGGACAUGAUUUGGGAUUGUCGCCCCGCCUUAAUUCUCACAACGUCCGUCUGCGACACCGAUCGUCUCAAUAACAUAGUGUCGACGGAUUGCCGACCCAAUGCAUCCGUGGCGGAUGAGGGUACAGCUACAUUGUCGCACCCCGCUCUUUACCGCGCCAAAUCGAUUCAGUUUCUCAAUUUGCAACAACAUAUAUUGGACUCGGUCGGUGACGGCAACGAGAAAGCACACGCCGCUUCUACAGAUCUUCCGUCCGAAAGAGUCACGGAAUCUCUGGAUCGUAUUUCCCAUAUUGUUUAUACCAGUGGAAGUACUGGGGCUCCCAAAGGCUGUGUUUCGUCAAUUCGGGCUUUGCGUUCCUACCUUUCUUCAAAAAAUACCGUACACAACGUGCUUACCGCGUCAACAGUCUUAUUGGCCAGCACCAUUUCAUUCGAUCCCUGCUUUUCCGACAUUUUGGCCACUUUUCAGAUUGGUGCAACCCUAGCGAUUGCGCCAAGACGCACGUUACGGGAAUCGCUCACGCACGUAUUGCACUCGCUCCAAAUUUCUCACGUCUUGUGUACACCAACCUUGUGGAGUACCCUGGCCUUGACAGGGACCCGGCCAGCUGAUCUUCCCAGCCUCCGCAUGAUUGCCCUGGGUGGCGAACCUAUUCCACUAGCCAUUGUUCAGGCCUGGGCUCGUGCUUUGCCGGAUGAUCCCGUACACUGUCGUUUACUGGCCACGUAUGGAGUGACGGAAGCUUGUGUAUACCAAUCAGCCGGAGAAGUAUUCCGGUUGGACUGUGGACAGUCAAAGGGGCAAGAUGUUGGUUUAUUGCUCCCGGGAAUGCGCGUUUCUAUUUGUGACGAAUCGAUUCAGGAAAGCUUGACCGAGGUUUUGCCGGCAGACAUUGCCGUUGGCGAGGUAGUUUUGUCCGGUAGCCAGCUUGACAGCGUUUGCUCGUAUUUGAACCGUCCCGCACUCUCGAUCUCAAAAUAUCUGAAGUCAGAACGUCAUUGGCAUUACCGUACAGGUGAUCGUGGAUACAUUGACAGCAAAACCUUACGGUUACACAUCACAGGGAGAAUUAAUGGUGAAGACGGCAUGGUAAAGAUCAAUGGUAUUCGAAUCGAAUUGGGUGAAAUAGAAAACGCGUUGGUCGGCUCAACUGCAGCCCUCGCUACAGUUUUGGACGCCAUGGUAGUUCCUCAUGUACACUGCAUAACAGCCACGGAUCUCGUUGCCUACGUUGUCUUGGGAGGAGACUGUCGACAGGAAAUGGGUGUAAAGGGCACGAUAUCUUCGGAUGGAGUACUACUCCCUCCAUGCCCAUUGAUGGUUUUGUUACGACAUCGUUGCAAACUGAAAGCAAGAAUGAUUCCGGCAUUUUUUAUUAUAAUUCCAAGAACACCGCUGUCGCCGACCGGAAAACGACAUCGUGCUGGAUUGCCGCCUCUUGAGGCUGCUGUGCCGUUCUUUUCCAUACUGAGACAGGGAGUAGAUGCUAUCUCCCAGUACCUCUCGCAAGCCUUGCUCACGACGGACGCAUCGUUUGCCAUGCUCGGAGGAGACUCGCUAGCUGCCACUCGCGUUGUUCGUGCGCUGUAUGCCGCACAUCACUGCGUCCACAACAGUCGCCAUCUGGGAGGAGAGUAUGGCGUAAUGGAGGGACCUUUUGAUGCAGUUUACUUGAUUGGCGCGGACAAUCUGGGAAGCUACGUAGACUGGCUAGAUCAAAACAAGGUGUGUCAAUCUCCGAACGUGGUCACAAAGCCGAGCUGUGACGAUCCCGUCCGGGAUGCGAUGCCUACUUCAUCCAACAUUUCCCCACCAACAGUCCUAGAACAGGAAGAAUCGCAACUCUACGACGCCUUGUUUCAAUCCGUUACUCAAGGACAAGUAGCCAUUGCAAUGGCGUUGCUUUCGGUUGGCGCCGACCCAAAUCAAGGAGGACACGAUGGACGGCUGGGUAAAAUUUCGAGUCGCAACGAUCAGAAAAUAAUCUUUCGCUCGAGUCCGUUACAUCUUGCUUGUGUUAAGGGUAUACCGCUUUUGGUGGAAGCGUUGCUCGCUGAAGGCGCUAGAAUGAAUUCACCGGACGCUUCCGGCUUAUUUCCGUUACAUUUGGCGGCUGCUGGCGAAGCCAGACGCGAGCUAGAAGGUGAAGGUCAGGCGGCGGAUGAUUGUCGUCGUCUGGAAUGUGUCAAACUAUUAAUUGCCGCGGGGACACCACUGUCCAUGAAAGACGGCAGCAAGCAAACGGCUAUACAUUGCGCGGCUCGAGGGGGUCAUGUUGCCACAUUGAGUUAUGUGCUGAAAGAAUGGCACCGUCUUUACGGGACGGAUCCCGAAAAGUGCCACGGGGUGAACUGGCGAGAUCGAUGGCUGCGAACUCCGGUGCACUGGGCAGUCUUGAACGGCCACGUAGAUGCCUUGGUUGUGCUUCUGCAGCACGGAUGCGAUUCCAAUCCUCCCCAACCCAAAAUGAACAAACGGUCCAGUGCGGCCAUUGAAAGCCCCCUACAGACGUGUGAGAGGUUGUACGGAUCGACGCCCUUGGGCGAACGUAUCAGAGAGCUGCUACUCGCUGGUAAACGAGGAAUUUUGCGGAGGUGA